AUGCUGUCGCUGCUUUAUCGAAUAAGUAAAAGGAGAAAAACUGCUUGAAUUGAAGUACUUGGAAUUAAGUUUCACGAAACGCUCCUCUAGUGGUGCUUCCGUUUGCCGUCGUCAUCGGGACUAUAGGCUAUGCAUUGGAACGAAGAUUUGGGCCGAAGCCGCCAACAAUUGAUUAUCUGAAUUCGUCGGUGCAGCAGCAGAGGUACCUUCGGCAACAGGCGAAUGAAGAAAAUAGAGAACUCGUCCCAGACAGUUUGUCCAUACUAUCGCCACGUCCCACAAACAAUUAG